AUGAUUGUACAAAGAGUGGUAUUGAAUUCCCGACCUGGAAAAAAUGGUAAUCCAGUGGCGGAAAAUUUCCGAGUAGAAGAAAUAAACUUACCAGAUAAUAUCAAUGAAGGACAAGUACAAGUCAGAACUCUUUACCUUUCUGUGGAUCCUUACAUGCGUUGUAGAAUGAAUGAAGACACUGGCAGUGACUAUAUAUCACCUUGGCAGCUGUCUCAGGUGGUUGAUGGUGGAGGUAUUGGGAUUAUAGAAGAAAGCAAACACACAAAUUUUACUAAAGGCGAUUUUGUGACUUCUUUCUAUUGGCCCUGGCAAACCAAGGUUAUUCUAGAUGGAAAUAUCCUUGAAAAGGUAGACCCACAGCUUGUGGAUGGACACCUUUCAUACUUUCUUGGAGCUAUAGGGAUGCCUGGUUUGACUUCCUUGAUUGGGAUACAGGAAAAAGGUCAUAUAACUGCUGAAUCUAAUCAGACAAUGGUUGUUAGUGGAGCUGCUGGUGCUUGUGGAUCCUUAGCUGGGCAGAUUGGCCACUUGAUGGGCUGUUCCAGAGUUGUGGGAAUUUGUGGAACACCUGAGAAGUGCCUCCUUUUGACCUCAGAACUGGGCUUUGAUGCUGCAAUUAAUUAUAAAGAGGGGAGUGUGGCAGAACAACUCCGUGAAUUAUGCCCCUCUGGAGUGGAUGUUUACUUUGACAAUGUUGGAGGUGACAUCAGUGAUACAGUGAUAAGUCAGAUGAAUCAGAACAGCCACAUCAUCCUAUGUGGUCAAAUUUCUCAGUACAACAAAGAUGUGCCUUAUCCUCCUCCACUACCCUCUGCUGUAGAAGCAAUCCGGAAAGAAAGAAACAUCACAAGAGAAAGAUUUCUGGUGUUAAAUUUUAAGGACAAAUUUGAGUCUGGUAUUCUCCAGCUGAGUCAGUGGUUUAAAGAAGGAAAGCUAAAGAUCAAAGAGACUAUGAUAAAUGGAUUGGAAAACAUGGGAGCUGCAUUCCAGUCCAUGAUGACAGGAGGUAACAUGGGCAAGCAGAUAGUUUGCAUUUCAGAAGAAACCUCUUUGUUAUGUCUACCACGGAGCUACAAAGACCGAGAGGGAAUGAGUGGGAGGCAGGAGACCGCAGUGCCUUUCUUCUCCGAGCCAAGCCUGCCUGGCCCGCGCAGGCCAGCGGCCCCCGGGGCGGAACCUCCUGCUGGACUGCAGCAGCCCGGCUCGGAGGCGAGCGAGUGGGUGUGUGUGUGGGGGAGGCGGCCAAACUUCCUGUCCCGCGCUCGAGCUGCUUCCGGCGGGAGCCGGAAGACGCUCUGUGUGGACAGAAUUCGGGGCCAACUGACGGACGGACGGCUGCCCGGGACGGAAAGGACAGGGAAACCGCCCCGGGGCACCCCACCCGGAUCUGGAGCGGCCGGUCUGAAGCCCUACGGCUUCGGCUCUUCUCGCGGGCUUUUGGGGCAUAUGUUUCGGCUCCUUCGCUUGGUUUCGGGGCCAGGGACAUGGGGACAAGACCAACCUGGAGAAAGCCAGAGUCAGCGAGUCCCCGCGGCGGGGGGGCCCGCGGCUUCGGCUCUUCUCGCGGGCUUUUGGGGCAUAUGUUUCGGCUCCUUCGCUUGGUUUCGGGGCCAGGGACAUGGGGACAAGACCAACCUGGAGAAAGCCAGAGUCAGCGAGUCCCCGCGGCGGGCGCUCCUGGACUGCACCCUCCGCGAGGCCUGCCUGCGGACCUUGGGGCCCUUCACUAGGCUGUUGUAA